AUGGCUUCUUCGCAACCACAGAGGCCAAAUCUGGUCCACGCCUUUGAGCCACCACAACAGACGCCCAACAAUACUGCCACCACCGCAGCAUCCACCGUCCAGUUCCCUCCGCCAAAGCAACGCUGCACAAAGUGCCAGCCCAUCCUCCAACAUCGCCCUCACUCUUCCGCUAGCGUACCCGCCAAUCACCCGGCAGACGCUUCCUCCCUCGUCACCCCGGCCUGCCAUGCUACCGUACGCCACUACAUAGGGCCUCUACCGGUACCCGCAUCAGCAGCCAGGGCCAUCGCAAGGGCCAUCGUCGAGGACACCUCGUACCACGCGCCCGAUGUCGACCACGAGCAGCCCGAACCAAACCACGUCUCGGCCACCGACUUUGCCAACGCUCCCCAUCCACAACCUGCUCAACACUCGCAUACAUUCAGCGAUCCCUUCCAAGCUUCCACUCAAGCCUCACAACACAGCGACCAGCGAGCGCAACAACAUACCACAGCCCCAUCGCCGCCCACCUCGCCCUCGUCCCGCAACAAGUCGCUCGCACCCCUGUCAUCCACCCGACCACGCGUCGUUGCCAGGGAUCCUUCGUCCGCUUCCGUCCUCUCCAACGCCUCGUUCGUCAGCGCAAAGUCGCUCCCGCGCUCCGCACUCAGCGACUCGGAAGCCGCGGCGCGGCGUCCCCUCUCCGCCUCGGAUGGCCAGGUGUAUGCCUCGCACGAUGCUCCUGCAUCUUCAUCUCGGCCCGUCAGCCCGUCCAGGAGAAGGCUCGGACUGCUCACACGCAAGAGCAACCAGUCCUUCCCCAGCUUCGGCAACUCCUCGCUCCCACCACCCGCUUCCAUCCUCAAGCCGUCCAAUCCUGGCCUCAACAGCAGCUCCACAGACGAGUCCACCACCAGACACAUGCAAAACGUCCGCAGCGCUGAAAAUUUGCGUGUCGCAGCGCUUCGCCAGCAGCGCAGGAUAGGCUCGGAAGGUUCCAGAUCAACCGCAUCCACCAUCGCACCAUCACCCAACAACCCUCCCCUCGCCCUGCCCAUCCUCGACCUGCCCCUGGACCAGAUCGAAGAGGCCAUCUCCCCGCAGCUUCCGACACAAGCCAGCUUCGAUCCACCCUCUUCGCGCCCCGAGGACUCGGUAUCGUCCCCGCAGUUCACAACAUAUGACUCGGAGCGACGCGCUUUCAACACCAGCAACGACACCACCAUCAUCCGCAAGAGCGACGAGAUCGCCAACCCUCCUGCCGCCAGUGCGCUGCGAAACCAGCCCUCUUUCUCCAGCGGCUCCGAGGCUCAUCCGGCAUCGGACCCUGCUCACACGCCAGCAAAGCUCCAACCAGACGAUCUCCUCCAUCCGACCUGGGAGCAAUCCAACCUCGCGCCCCACCGCCAAGCUGGUGGUCAUAUCGAAGCAGCCACCGCCUUGUCUUUCUCAUCCCACGACGACCAAGACACCGAUGCGCAGCAGCGCCCCGACAAACUGCUGCCAGGCAUCGGCAGAGGCCUACCCACCAAGCGCUCCCUCACCUUCAGCCGCGAACCCAGCACAGCCCAUCCACCUCGCCAGGCUACCGGCUCGCAUCUCCCUCGCGCCGUCGAUCAUCCCCGCGAAUACUCUCGCCAAACCCGCAUCAGCAGAGCUUCCACCGCGGGCACUUUCAACACCGUCGGAACCGUCGCCACCGAAGGCAGCUUCGGCGCCACCGCCGGCAACAACUCCACCCUCGCCCGCAAGUUCUUCGCCGGCGGAAGCUUCCGCCGAGUCUCGAAGCGCGGUAGUCUGCGUCGCAAGCUUGGGCCGGUUCGCACCAACUCGGUGCGCGACACGCGCGACGCUGAUUCGCCUUCGCCCGUGCGGACGCGCAAGCGGGUCUCGCCCUUUGCCGUGCGUGCGCGCAAACCGGCGAGAGCAACCAGCUAUGCAUCGAUGCACCGCGACUACAAUCGUCAGGCCUCCGUCAGCGGCACGGAGGCCUCUGUCGGCGACUUGAGCGCCUCGACACCUGCAAUCGGCGUGCUACCAGGCGCAGUCGGCACCAGUGCAGGUGGCACAAAGUGGGUCGGCGCCAGCUUCCAGAUCGGAAAACGCUUCUGGGACAUCCUCGAGGCGCGCCGUGACGACCUGCAGAGGGCCCAGCCGUGCUCGUGCAGCAAGGACGGCGCCAAUGACGCAGUGGCGGCCGAGACCGAGUCGCCACAGGCAGCGCAGCAGCGCAAGAAGGUCGAGGAACACGCUGCCAAGGUGGACCAUCUCAAGCAGAGCCCCGACGGAGUCAUCACCCUGCUCGCGCAAGAAGCACAGGACAUCUCGGAUGACAAGGCUUCAGCUGUACCCGACAAUCACCCACAAGGCAGGGCUACGCCACCGUCACAGCGUACGAGACAGCCUUCUGAAUCUGAAAGCAAGCCAACGGCCGGCACAAAGACUCCGCGCCGCAAGCUCUCCAAGGACGAGUCGCUCGCCUCCAUCCAGUCGCUUCAUCCCGAUGCUGCAGCUCCGCUUGCCAUCGAGGCGCGCCAGGGCUGGAGCGAGAUCGUGUCCAAGAUGUCCUCGCUCACCGAAGAACUCGGCACGGGCCUCAAGACACGCGCCGCGGAACGCGGACAGGCCUCGUCCGAAUCCAAAAAGGCAAAGCAAAAGGAGAAGGAGCAGCAGUCGUCUCGUUCCACGGCUAGCGCACACAGUUCAUCCGCCGAGAAGAUCAGUGACCCCAACGUCAAGAUCGUCGCGAGGUCCUCGAGCCUCGCCGAUACCGACUCGUCGUCAGCUGCUUCCAAGUCGGCCUACGUAUCGUUGAACAAUGCUUCCACUUACAACAGCAGCUAUGCACCUCGCACCUCGAGUCUCGCCACCGAAGCUUCGCCGGCCAUGACGAGGAAGGAGGCGUUGUCGCAUCCAGCUCCCCCUGCCUCGCUCGAAAAGAACGAUCCGCAGCUCGUCCAUCAACUCCUGCGCCGCAAGAGCGACCUUGGUGAGCGACCCGACCUCGUGCCUGAUGCGGCUAGCGACCAUGCCGUCGUGCUCCGACAGACGCUCACGCCGCAACAGCUCACUCCGGGCGAAGAGCUCGCAGACCCGAGUGCCGUACGCUUGACCGAGCAAGAUCCGUUCCCUGUGGACGCCACCCCGAACAGCGAAGGUAGCAUCCGGCGCACAGAGCCGACCGGCAAACAGCCUCUCACCGCCGGAGUAGGCGAGUCGAGCGGCGUCGAGCGCAAAAAGACGGUCAAGUUUGAUACAGGCUCGUCUCGCCCGGCGCUCAAGGGCCGCUUCACCGCGUCGCUGUUCGCGGGUAGGGCCGAGACCGAGUCGACUCCGCUGUCUGCCCGAGUCGCCACCGCGCCUGGAGACGCUCAGCCUCGACCGCCUGAAGAGGUGCUUGCUCGCCCUCAGCCGGACACCAUGCAGCUUCCCAAGCUUGCCGAUGGAUCCGACACCUUGAGCGAAUCUCCGGGAAGCGAGUCGGUCAUUAUCACGCGCAGAAGCGUGCUCAAGAAGGACCGCAUGCUGGUCAAGCUCGCAUGGACGCCGCACGAGGACCUGCCCACUGACUUUGACGAGCUGCAGGCGCGCAAGUAUCCCAUCCGCGACGAAGACUGGCGCGAAUUCAUCGUGGUAUUCCGCAUGGGCAAGCUCGAGCUCUGGACGGAUCCCUCGCUCACGAGCAGGAUCGUCGGACACGGCGAUCGGCUCAAGCUGCGCACCACUAUUCCGCUCUCGCGCGGCUCGACGUUUCUGUCGCUGUAUUCGCCGAUCGAUCGCAUCUUUUGCCUGACGUAUCAGCCGUGGAAGUCCAUGUCGGCGCACCACGGACGCAAGGGCAUCCAUCUUCGUCGACAGGGUACUGACAUUGUGCUCUUCGACUGCCGCGCGCGCUCGGCGGCGGCAGACUGGAUGUGGGAGCUGUGGCGCGAGCUGGGCGGGCAUAUUCCCGAGUCGCUCGAGGUGCAUGUGCCGUCGUUUGGGCUCAAGAUCAAGAUGCCCGUGCCGGAGAGCAUGCCUGUGGAACGGACGACGCCCGCGGGUACGCCAGGCAGUCAGAGUGGCGCAGCCAAGGGCGGCGUGCUGGCACUCAGCUCCAUCGGCGACACGCACGACGGCGGCGAAGGCUUCAAGCUGAUCAAUCGAGACAAUAUCGUUUCGAUGACGUGGAAGCUGCUUUCGAGCAUUCCGCAGUGGCACGAUCUCAUGGUCGCAUCGCAGGCUCGCGGGGUGCGACUCGAUCUGGCGUGGCGACGCGGCAACGAGCUGGACUGGAUCGUGAACGAGCGCACCGUGGACAACGAGCCGCGCCACUGGGCGGUGCUGUGCGGCGCGCUGCUGAGGGACUACAAGCACCCGUCGAUCCUCGAGCUGAGGACGGCAGCGCACUAUCCGACUACGGUAGAGACGGCACCCGGUCAGUUCCUGCACGAGCCUCCGGCAGUCGAAGGCUUCCUGUGGCGCGUCAAGCCGGUGUCGGGUGCACUGACGCGGCUCUACUUUACCACGUACGACGGACAUCUGUACGUGUGCCGGACGGCGCGUGCGUUCCCACCGGAUCGCCACCUGGCAGCGAAGCUGCAAGAGGCGAUGGACAUGCGCGUGCCCAAGACGAGCGGUGCAACGCAGGGCCGCGGCGGCAAGCCGAUUGUGGCGUCCAACCGAGGUGCGCUGGCGAAGGCGCUCGCCAAGGUGUUUGGAACGCACAAGGCGGCGCGACGCGACGAGGAUGUGGCGACGCUGCGCCAGAACGUGCUGGAGGCGAUCAGCUACGCUGCCGAGACGGAGGAGGAGCUGCAGGCGCAGAUCGCGGCGUACGAGUCGUUUGAGCGGCGCCGGCAGUUUGAGCAGAUCCGCGGCUCGGACGGAUUCAUCGAUCUGAAGCUCAUCCACACGAUCAAGACCAUCGGCAAGGGACCGGUGCGGUGUCCAGGCGAAGAGGAUCUGCGGCGUCCGAAGCGGAUGGCGGCCAAGUCGAUGCAGGAGGAUGUGGCUGCGGCUCAGCACGACGACGAAGAGUCGGAGGAUGACUCGGACGACGAACAUGCCGGCGAUAUUGGCGGGCAGGAAGGGUUAGAGCGCGUCGACGAUGCGAACGAGCUGCGGCGGGCGCGGCAGAUUGAGAUCACGCUGACCAACGGCAAGAGGAUCCGCCUGGAGGCGUUCAGUGCUUCGGUGGCGCGCGAGUGGGUGGAGCGGGUGGCGGAGCUGGUCAAGUACUGGCGUCGGCGGGAGCGGGUGGAUGCGAUCGAGCUGAUGUACGCGAGCGGGGUGGAUGUGGGCGAGCUGCGCAAGGAGUUGCAGGGCGAAAAGGCGAAACGGUACGAGGGCGUGGACGAGCAGAAGCUGUCUCCGAUCCUGGGGAGCAUUUGGAAUUGGUGUGCGAUCGAGGCGUGUCGCAACAUUGUGCGGUCGGGGCGGUUGUUCCACAAGAAGAGCAGCUACGGAGCGUUCAAGGCGCGCGACUAUGUGCUGAUCGCGGGGCGGUUGCUGUGCUUCAAGCUGGUGCGGUCGGUGCGUACGUCGCGGGCACGGCAGAACAACGGCAUCUUCCACCGACGGCAAGACAUGGUGAUCCAUCUGCGCGAUGCGUACGUAUACAGUGGCAAGCUUAGCGAGGACAUGCUCAAGAACGGCCGAUCGGAGCCUGCGCAGGCGGUGUCCGGGCUGGGAGGGGGUGGAUCGAACAGCGGCAAGCGGCAUCGGGUGCCGCGGGUGUAUGCGGACGGAUUGUUUUCGGUCGACGACGACGAGGACUGCACGUUUGUGAUUCGGUAUCGACCGGAGCGCGUGAAUACGCCUGCGGACCCGGGCGUGGCGAGUGGCGGUAAGGGUAGUGCGGAGAGGGAGGAGGCGGGCACGCCGGCGUUGGAGGACAAGACGCACAAGUACGUCGCCAUGCGCGCACGCAGCCGCAUGGAGCGCGACGUGUGGGUGCGCUGCAUCGCGUACGAGAUCGAGCGCAUCGUGCGUGCGGAUGCCGAGCGCGAGGCGAGGCUGCGCAAUGCCGGCAGCGUGGAUCAUCGGCGCUGA